AUUGGACAGCACAAAACGCUUGCGCCCAAUCUCAAUGUGUCUUUUUAGAUAAACGGAAUGAUCGAUAUAAGCCCUGCGUGGGCACAGUCUUAAAAGUUAUAGAUCAUAUUGAUUGACCAAGUAUACUUCUAUCCCUUGAUGUAAGUGAGACGAAGUUGCUAGUUGCCUUUCUCUCUUAGAAGAGCAUACUUUGUGGUUAACGGAGCAUACUGAGAGUUUAUUACUAAGCGGAUAUAUCUUGUCCUUACAGUAACAUACCCCUCGAUUUAUCAUUAAAUAUUGUAUAUUAAUUAAGAGAAUGGAUUUGUCAGAUGAAGAUCUAUCGCCUUUGAUAAAUCAAACAAGCACAUCAACAUCUGUUCAUAAACGUGAACCUAAUGCUGAAGAGAGAAAGCUUACAAAGCUCUUGAUUGAACGUGUUCUUCCACCAUUUUCUAAAUCUUUAAAACUUCAAGCCUUAGUUGCUUAUCAAGCUGAUCAUGAAAAGAUGAAAUGUUUACUUGUUAAUCAAACGUAUGAAAAAUCAAAUAAUCAAUCAUUUGAAAAUGAUAGUCCUAAUCAUGAUUUAUCCGACUCAGGAAUUAUGGAUACAUCUACAGCCCCGAAUUCACCGAUUAAAACAGAUCAGGAGAUUUUCAAAGAUGAUAACACUUCAAUUCCACGACGUAAACGGAAACUUAGUCGACCAUGUAAAAUACCUCAGAAUACUCCAAUCAUUUCUGAACCCAUCGAAUCCUCCCCUAGUACACUUAAUAAUAGUAAUAAUAAUAAUAAUAAUAACACAUCAACGAAUCCACUUCCUGUUCCACUUCAAAAACAAAUUACUGAAGUCAUAACACCAAUCAAAAGUGGCACAACAAAUGGUUUGUUUAUGCCGGUAUCAGCUGUUACUCUACUUCCUCAUGUUAGUGUUUUCUCAUUACCUGUUACCGUCUUAUCGACUGUACCCCGUCCUAUAUUACCUCGAAUAUGUGCUGAUAAACAACCUCCUGCACGUCCUGUUAAUAAUUACAACUUGCAAACACUAGUUUCAUCCCCACUAAAAAAUACUACUAUAACUACUACUAUGACUACUACUACUACUACUAACACUACUAUCCCAUCUAAUUCACCUCCGAAAAAUUCCAGCAAAGAAUCGUCUAACUCUUCAGAAGAAUCAAAUUCCGUCAAUCGACGAUACGCUAAAUCAUUUGUAUGCAAUCAAUGUCGAAAACCGUUUAAUUCAUUAAGUUUAUUAUGUGAUCAUACUUUUUCAGUUCAUAAAGCUUUUAAAUGUACUAUAUGCGGAGCUCAAUUCACUCAACGUUCGAAUCUUCAACGUCACUCCUUACGUCAUGUUGGAUUUAAACCGUUUGUUUGUAAGAUCUGUGAUAAAUCUUAUUAUCGUAAAGAUCAUCUUGUUCGUCAUAUUGAAUUAACACAUCCCGGUUGUGAUCCACGCACAAAUCUUACUGUCAAGUUAAGUUCAGCUGAAUGUUUAGAUUAUUUAGAUCAAAUCCAAAAACAUGAUGAUAAAGGUAGUGCUGAACAAGUACAAAUAUUAUGCAAUAACUCUAUGGAUAAUACUAACAAUAAUGAUAGUGGUAAUAAUAAUAGUAAUAGUAUUAAUAAUGAUAAUGAUAUAUCGAAAAUUACAAACGACAUCGAUGAAAAUGAUAUAAAACUUAAAAUUUGUCUUCUUGAGUCAACAACUACUGAGAAACAUGAACCACAGACUGAGACAUAUUCCCCGACUCAUCCACCAUGUACUAGUGUCAAUUCUUAGAGUAGUAGUCAGUCAGUCAGUCUCUUAUUGUUUUUGCCUUCUUUCUUACAAACACUUUUGUCAUAUCAUUCCUUUGUAUUUGUAUUUUUUUUAUUUUUCUAGUGUAAACAAUUGACCACACAAAUCCAUUUAGUUUUGUAAUUUUGCAUUGUUCAUCUUUCAUUUGUGUGUGUGUGUUUUGUAUGUGUGUGUGUUGGUUUUAUAUUUGGAAAAUAUUUUCUUUUUCUUGUCCUACACGAUUUGCUUAUUUAUUUCUUACUACUAAUAUCAUCACUUUUUUUGUAUAAAUUAUUACUACUAUUAAUAUGAGACAAUCAAUUUAUAUAAGCUACACAUACA